AUGUCGUCAGCUCCCUCGGUACCGGAACGGUUAACUGAGAUAUUAUCUACUUCGACUUCCCCGCUUGAAUCGCUGAUAGAGCUUGAGGGAGAGAUCAACAUCAAACAUUUGCAGGAUGGCACAGCAAGUGAUAGGGAGUUUUUAAGCACAUAUUACUCUUCAUAUUUAAUAUGUCUUCUUCUUGACGAUGAUAUCCAUGAAGCUCGUAUGAUAUUCCGCCGCUUGCCUCUUACUCUACUUGAGGAUGAUACCUUGAUGAAAGCUCUCGAAAAGCUAGUACGAGCGGUUGGGACGAGGGACCAUGGGACAGUUUAUGAGAUUCUCAAGACAGCCCCAUGGCAUAAGCUUACUGAACCUCUAGUUCAGUCCUAUACUGUUCAUUACCGGAACAAGGUCAUAGACGAUACCAGUUUAUCGUAUAAGACGGUUAGACUACCCACCAUCGAAUCAAAGCUAGGACUUGAGCCAGACUCGGACGCUAUGCAAGAUACUGGCGACGAUGUACCAUCACAAUUGAUACAGGAUCUUUCUGCAAAAGGCUGGACCUAUGAUUCUGUUUCAAGGUUGAUGCACCCCGCAAGGCCAGUAACUCAGCCGGGUGCACAAGAGAGGAUAACGCUCGGGCAAGUAACUGCACUUAUCGGGAACCAUGGAAGUGGCUGA